AUGCGCCGGUUCUCUCUCACUCGUUCUCGCUCUUCACCCCAAGCAGGCUCUGACCAUACUGCGACGCUCGCAGCCUUGGACGUGUCGUCAUCUAAUUCUGAGCCGUCCGAGUCUACAGCGACGACGAACCUCAACAAACUGCUGAGAGCUGCAUUCGACGAGUAUCAUCGGAUAACUGGAGUAGACAUCACCAACCCCAACGAUCCCCUGGUGCAGGCAAUACAGUCGUGUUUGAAUGACGACACCGAUGCGCUCCUUGACGUUCUCGAAAGUGCGUCGCGCACUUUUCGCGACGGACGUAAAGGCAAUCGCGGACCCAGGAAACUUCGCGACGCUCUGAAACCUAUCCUACACGGACUAUGUGUCCUGCUGGAUGCGAGUGCUGAGACAGCAAGCUCUGCGGGCCUUCCCGGCGGUAAAGGCAUAUUUGCCGCUAUAGGCGUGCUGCUUAUGACUGCAGAGCGUGUUGGUGCAAAGCUCGAUGACAUGGAGAAAGUGUUCGAGUGCUUGGGCGCCUAUGUCUCCCAAUUGCAAGUGCGAGUGAAGGCGCCUCUUUCGCAACAAGCGCGAGACUUGGCCAUACAUGGUCUAGUAAUGAUGCUUCAAUCCCUCGCUCUCUCCACAAGAAUAUUAUGUCAGGGCCGCAUCAAGAUGUUCGUGAAGACUUUGCUCACCAAAUCGGGAGACGUUCAGGAAGCAUUGCAGAGGCUUCGUGCUCACGCUGUAGACACGGAGAUGAUGUCAAUCGCUGAGAUUACUGUGGGGGUGCACGAUCUAUCGGUAGCUUCACGCCACGUUGGUGCAACGCUUCACGCUGUAAAAUCCAUCGUCGAGCGAAUCGACACAACGACCCAGGCUCUAGUCAAACGAGCGACCACAAAUGUCCGCGGCUCACCUGAAGGAUCCUGCGAAGAUACAAUAAGUAUCAGCUCAAACACAUACCAGCAUCGCAGUGAGGCAUCGGUUCGACCUGGUCAGGUCAAUAUCACCGUGUCUCUUCCAUCUGUGGACUGGGAUAAGUGGGGGCGUGAACUGCGAUGUAUCGUAUUAAGAUUUAGCGCCGAAGAUCAGGACGUUAUCUGGAAGGCGCUGUCUUUGCUUUUCUUGUGCGCGACUGAAUCUGGCGUCCCGCCCCUGAACACCCUCACUCUUCCUCCCACGUCUGUCUCUGCAUCUGUCCCUGCUUACAUCCUCGUCCAUCGCCCAGCACGUCUCGUCGAAAACUUUCUAUUGAUGGCCUGCACAUUCCUCCUACUUUUCAUGGCUUGCAAACUCAACUCUAUAACCCGCUCUCUUGGGAAUCCUUGCGGAACAAUCACAGUCGUGGACGUCUUUGGACUGUCUUUCAUUUUGUCAGAGGACACGUUCUCAUCGUGGGAGCGAACACACACUUUCAUACUUCAAAUGUUCAAGGAUCGACCGUUCGGCCAGCUCUACGUGAAGAAUCGCGACUACGGACUGGGUUCUUCCGAACAUCCGCUUAUUUCACCGGAAGAUUGGCCGGAACUCGUCAAACCCGGCGCCGUGUAUAGCAUGUCUAUUAUCAUGCGUCAAUCCGCGCUCCAAUGUCCAUACUGUCGGACAUCCUCGACUGGAGACGAGAUGUCCUUGAGCGACGCUCGUAUCGUAUGCUCGGGAUGCAGUCGCGCCUAUGGGUCGUAUCAGCAUCUAAAGAAGGCCGGUUUCCUCUCCGAGAUACCGAACUCGCGAAGAACUCCCUUCUCUCGCGGACGAUCACUCGCUCAUCGAGAUCAUCGAGAGUUAACUGCGGAAGCGGCUUCUCAGGACUUCCCGGAGCUCACCGCUCAUGACGACGUGCCAGGGCACAGUCAUGGGAUCUUCCACAGGAUCGUGGUAGAGCUACCGGUGAAAGGACAUGGCUCCGCCACACCUUCAAGUUCAGAACGUACCCAGGAACUGGCAGGCAAUGAUGCGACGGAAGACAAGCCAGAUGUUAUCAGAGCGGGGGCUGAUACUCCUAUCAUCGGCAAUACGGAUGUAACACAAGACGGCGAUGAUGACGAAGAGAGUGCUCAAGGCGACGACGAGGACGCGGAAUACUCGGAUCUAUCUUCUGAGCUGUCUAUCUCUGACGACAGUGUUGAUUUCGACCUUGUCUACGCACUUCACACGUUCGUCGCGACGGUGGAAGGACAAGCCCAUAUGAAGAAAGGAGACCAUCUCGUACUAAUGGAUGACAGCAACGAUUAUUGGUGGCUGGUCCGUGUACUGAAGACUCAAGAGAUAGGAUAUGCUCCGGCCGAGAACAUCGAGACGCCGUUCGGCAGGCUCGCAAGGCUCAACAAGUAUCGCAACAAUGAUCUCGCUAGCGCAACUUAUGCUGACAUGCAGGAGCCACUCCCGAUACAAAAGUCACACGUAUCCCCCUUGACCAAGGUCCCUGUAUUCAAUAUAAACGUCAACACCUUCCAUUACCCGGCCUCGCAAUGGAGUGAUCCGGAAGGUAGCGAAGAUGAACCUGACGCAAAUGAUGAGAUCGGCCGGUGGCAAACGACUCAGGAGCGAUACGUUCACCCAGGCGACGAGGACACGAAGCCGAAGUUCUACUACAGUGGCGGAAGUGCGAGGGUGAAUGCCAUGGGCUGGGAACAGGAUGCGCAUGCACGGCAGACAGCCGCGAAGGCAGCUCGGGAUACGCUGCACCAACGUCAGCAACCUACCGAGCCACAACAACGCACAUCUCUAGCCUUCUCGACUCGAACCAGCAUACCGAGGCGCACGCCCUUCGUUCGCCCUGCGGAUAUGCACGAAGAUAAGACGGGCUCGGAGGCUGGCGACAAGUUAAGAGUCUACGUACCUAGUCCAGCCACCCACACUGGGCUCCUGAAAGAGGCCGAUUCGUCCGCAGGGGAGGGCGAUGCAGAGCACCCAGAGGAGGGCGCAGGACGUGACGAGUUGAGCUUGAGAAGGAAGUUGGGCAAACUCUUCGGCCCGCGAAGUAUGGCCAAACGAUGA